GCGAGGCAAUGCGCACAGAAAGCCACGAGUAACAGUCGUUUGCGAGUCGCUCAAAACGUGUAUUAUUUUCUAACACCAUUAUAAUUUUUGUCUUCGGGCUAAUUUGUUAGUCGACCGUAUUUGGCGUUUUCAUAACAUUUUUACGUUAUUACCUGAUCGUCGGAGAGGCGUGCGUUUUAACAGGUACCUAAUUUUACACAAAAUAACUGUGUACUAUUUGGUACUUCCGCGGACGACGUGAUACGCUGGAAAAAUCGAUAGCACAGCGCUACGUAAAAUGGUGAGCAGCGGCUGCAGUGGCAGUGCCGGUGGCAACGGCAACGGCAACAAUAAUAACAACAACAACAAUAACAACAACAAUAACAAUAAUAAUGUCAAUGACAUAAACGUCAACAACAACGACGGCAUGCACGAUGGCUGUUCGGCUGAUUCGCUGGACGUGCACACCUCCGAGGACCAACGGUACAAGCCGCUGUUGGAGGCCAUCAAAGCCGGCGAUUACGACGAGUUCGAGUUUGCCGUAGACAAGUGUGGAGGUGAGGCACUGAGCUUCCGAGACGAAUGGGGCUACACGCCGGCCCAUUGGGCCGCGCUCUACGGCAACGCCGAGGUGCUCAGGUACCUGGUGGCCAGGGGCGUGACCGUGGACAUGUCGUGCUACGGGAUCCAGGGUUCCAAGCCAGUGCACUGGGCAUGCCGCAAAGGUCACACAGCCGCCGUUCAAGUGCUGUUGCAGGCUGGAGUAAAUCCAAACGUAUCAGACUUCAAAGGCCUUACACCCUUAAUGACCGCAAGUAUGUUUGGAAAAACAUCCACGGCGAGUUUCCUAUUAGGUAUGGGUGCUCUACACCAUCUGACCGACAUAAAUGGUGACACGGCAUUACACUGGGCCUCGUAUAAAGGUCACCCAGAACUGAUAAGGUUGUUAUUGUACUCUGGAGCAGAUCUGACAAAAGCUGACAAUUUCGGCUCGACGCCGCUACAUUUGGCUGCCCUUUCCGGAAAUGCAAAAUGCGUUGAAAUACUUUGUCAGAACAGUCAAAUAUCAUUACAACCUAGGGAUAAAAACGGCAAAACUCCGUUAGGCCUAGCUGUGAACCACAGGUACGAGGACAUCGCAGGGUUGUUGAAUAAAGAGAUUAAGAAGAGAAAGAAGUGGAUAGUACCUCUUCACAAAGCGUUAAAUGCAAUUUUUGGAAGUUCAGCGUACUCGAAAGGUCCUUUGCUGCUAUUUUUGUGUUCUUUCCUGAUUUGGUGGUAUCCUCUUUAUAUAUAUAGAGUAGUACCUGUUACGUGGAACUUGACGAGAGGUUGUCACUAUACGUAUAUAGCCUGGAAUAUAUUCAUGUGGAUAUGUUGGUUUAUAACAAAACAAUCAGAUCCUGGAUUUUUACCAAUCGAUUCAGGCAGUUACAUUCAAACCAUUAGACAAUUACCGUUUUAUCCGUGUGACAUGGGUACCAAAAGAGAUAUUCUGUCAAGACUUUGUCACACAUGUCGCUGCGUAAGACCCUUGCGAGCUAAACACUGCCGACUAUGCAACAGAUGUGUUCAACAUUUUGACCACCACUGUCAAUUUGUUAUCAAUUGCAUCGGCCUUAGCAACAGAUCGUGGUUUUUCUGGUUUGUCAUAAGUCUAGCCAUGAAUUGUUCGUACGUAAUUUAUUUGGUGUGUUGCACGAUCGAUGUAGAAGGAUUCAACGUUUUUUACGUCCUAGCGUUAUUGCAAGCAUUUGCGUUUGGUGUUUUGAGUUGGGCCUUAACUGCAACAAUCUGUAUCAACGCAUUGAUGAAUUUAACCAGAAAUGAGAUGAUCAACCAUAAAAAGUACACUUACCUAAAAAACAGCAGAGGAAAAUACUACAAUCCAUUCUCCAGAGGCAUCGUGAUCAACGUUUUGGAAUUUUUCGGGUGUACACAAAACAGAACGAAUUAUGAAGGCGAUAGAUAUAAUUGUUACGAUUGAGGAGGGGGGACAAAAUAUACGAGAAAAUUUUGUAGGUACUUAUAAAAUAUCUACUUAAACUGCCAUCAUUUUAAAAGUGAUUACUAAAAAACGAAUCAAAGUACGUCUAUAAUAAAUAAUAAGAUCCGAUCAUUUUUAAUAAUAUUAUUCUGCCUCUUCAAAUUCUACACAUUUAUUGUCAUAUGAAAUAAUUAUUUUAAAAAAACCGUCUUUAAUCGUAAUAUUUUAAUAAUACUAUAUUUUAGAUUCUAUUUAAAUGUAACUAUGCAGAUUUCACUUUAGUGCAUUCGAAAUAAAGAUUAGGUGUUUACUAUUAUUGAAAUGUUUAUUUUGCUACGUCAGAUCACUUAACGUGAAUAUUUUUUACUCACAUUUUUCAUAUAAAUGA